AUGGCUCUGGAAAUAAAACGUGUUUGGAGCAGAUUUAAACCACAGAGUUUGUUCACUUUGAGUUUAGCUGAAGAGAAAAAGCUUCAGUGGAUCCCAGGGGUGGAUCACCACGGCAACGGUGAGAUCUGCGGCUUUAAGGUGCACAAUGGGCCGUCCGGGUCUGGGUCGGUCCAGUUUGAGGCGGUGGUUUUGGACCGGUCCACUGGAGAGGGUCUGGUCCGGUCCAAAGAGCCUCUGGACUGUGAGAGCCAACGCGAGCACAGCUUCACCAUCCAGGCCUACGACUGCGGCGAGGGGCCCGACGGAGUCAACAGCAAGAAGUCACACAAGGCGACGGUGCACGUGCGCGUGAAUGACGUGAACGAGUUCUCGCCGGUGUUUGUGGAGCGGCGUUACGAGGCGUCUGUCCCUGAAGGGCGUCUGUUCGAGCGGAUCGUGCGAGUCGAGGCCCUGGACGCCGACUGCUCCCCUCAGUACAGCCAGAUCUGCUUCUAUGACAUCAUCACUCCCAAUGUGCCCUUCGCCAUCGACAACGACGGUAACAUUAAAAACACGGAGCCGUUGGACUCUAAGCGUCAGCGCGUUCACACGUUCUGGGUGAUGGCGUUCGACUGUGGAAAGAACCGAGCUCAGGCCGACGCCCAGGUGGUCGUCACGGUGAAGCCGUCGUGUAAACCCGGAUGGAUCGGCUGGACUAAACGUGUGGAGUACACUCCUGGCUCUGGGAGCGUCCCUCUUUUUCCCAGCCUGCACUUGGAGACCUGUGAGGAGACGGUUUGGAACAUCCAGGCCACCGUAGAGCUGCAGACGGGACACAUCGGGAAGGGCUGCGACCGCGACAGUUACUCCGAUCGAUCGGUGCGGCGCCUGUGCGGUGCUGUCCGGGGGGAGGUGGACCUGUUGCCUCCUCCGUCUCCUGCCGCUAACUGGACCUCGUCUCUUCCCACUCUGCCGUCGUCCGACUCUUCUCUGGUUUUCUCGUUUAACGGGUCGAACCACGUGGCCGUGGUCCCGGACUCGGUGGUGACGGGUCUGUCCGGAGACCACUUCACUCUGCAGCUGUGGAUGAGACGAGGAGGAGCCAACGUCCAGACGAGCGCCUCCCAAACCCGAGGGAACCGCAGGGAGGAGGAGAUCAUCGUGUGCAGCACUGUCAAGAACGACGACUCGUUCUCGCACUACUCUCUGUCCGUCCACGGCUGCAGACUCUCGCUCUUCUAUUGGCCCGACGUGUCUGCGGCUCGUCCCGUCAAGUUCCUCUGGAAACUGGAGCAGGUGUGCGACAGCGAGUGGCACCACCUCUCCCUCAGCGUGCAGUUUCCCUCCGUGACCUUGUACGUGGACGGUGUGACCUUUGACCCCGCCCUGAUCCACGACAACGGCGCCAUCCCGAACCCCGCCCCCAGACAGAGGAUGUUCAUCGGAGCGUGCUGGGAGCCAGAGGAGGAGCCACGUGAGAUCGUCAACAACACCAUCCCAGAGGUGAAGUACGUGGGCGGUUACCACGGGCUGUUGUCGGGGGUGACGGUGCGUCCUGGCAGUGUGGAACCUCACAGUGUGGUGGAGUGUCUGUACGCCUGCAGGGAGGGGCUGGACUUUGGAGACCUGGAGACUCUGGGCUCCGGGAUGAAGGUCCACGUGAACCCGAGUCAGUCUGUUCUGGUUCUGGAGGGAGACGACAUCGAGAGUUUUAAUCGAGCUGUGCAGCAGGUCACGUACAGGAACUCACUGAGGUUCGCCACGCCUGGAGUCCGGCCCCUCAAACUCACCACCUCGCUCAGAUGUUUUAACGAGGAGAGCUGCCUGUCCCUGAAGCAGCUGGAGGGAUACCUGGUGGUGCUUCAGCCGGAUGCCCCGCAGAUCUCUCUGUCGGGGGUCGGACCUCACCUGGCCCGCCCCGCCCCUGAGUUCGAGAGCCCGCGCGGAGUACCUCUUUUCCCCGAGCUGAGGAUCGUGUGCUCGCUCUCUCACGCCGUCAACACAGCGGCGCAGGGGAUGGAGGGCGGAGCGCUCAUGUCGGACGCCGUGGCUCACACUCUGGAUGGCUGUGAGGUACAACCUUUGGGGGAGGAGCUAAACGCGGAGAGGGAGGAGCUUCUGGUGGACAUGGACGUGGUGCGAGAGCGAGGUCUGGAGAUCAUCAACACCACAGCGUACAUCGCCAUCACAGGAGCUGAGUCCAUCUCCGUGUACGAGGACGUCCUCCGCUCCGUUCGCUAUCGUCUGGCCAAAGGCUCCGCCCGCUUUGAGAGGCGCUUCAGAUUGUCCUGCUCCGAGAUGAACGGACGAUACACGAGCAACGAACUGACUCUGGAGGUGAACUUCCUCCACUCUCUGGACAGUCUGUACCACCCGUCCCACCUCCUGGCGUCGCAGCAGCAGUUCCUCCACCCGUCGCAUCACUCCGGAGAGCUGAGCGGACACACUUUACCCAACCCUCACCGCAACUCAGUGGUCCCCGGCGCGGCCACUGUCAUCAUCAUGGUGUGCGUGGGCUUCCUGGUCGUCAUGGUGAUCCUGGGAGUUUUCCGGAUCCGCUCCAUCCAUCGCCGCGGUGAAGGCGGCAGAGGCGGAGCUAAAGAGGGAACCAACCAAUGGGACGACUCCGCUCUCACCAUCAUCGUCAACCCCAUGGAGUCGUACGAGUCUCGCAUGGGGAUGUCCGCGGACACGGAGGGCGAGGGCGAGGAGGAAGAGGAGGCGCCCGAGUCUCCGGACGACGCCAGCGACGAUCAGAGAAUCAUCAUCAAGAAGGAGGGCAGAGACAGCAACGCGCGCCGCUACUAAGACCACUCUGUAUUUAUCUGCACCAGUUACCAUGGAAACCACAUACCGGCUUAACCACACACUCAAACACAGAGGCGAGGU